UAGGUAUCAAUAGUGCCCGCCUUCUACAGCCCAGGCUCGACAUUGGGGUCUGCUCGCUGCCGCUGAAUCAGCUGGGUCAUAUGCUGUGCGUCAGUGAUGGUGCGGCGAAGAAUGGCCUCGGACAGCCGACUGCUGGCGCCACUGGUGCCAGGAGGCACGUGGACGUCGACGCCGUUCCCGCAGCUCUUCCACCCACGGGGUAGCGACGGACCUGUGGCCGACAAAACGGACAGACAAGAGGCACAUUAGAUGACCAAUGAUAGUGACGGGCGAUUCUGAUUUGUGUGUAUGUGGGUUGGUCGGCGUCUACCUCCAUUCUGUCUGGUGCCCUGCUGCCCGCCGACACGGCUGACUCCUCCACCUGCACAGAGGCACAAAGAGGAUAGUGAGGCACACACCGACGGACUGUGCUUCUGGUGUGUGUGGUAUGAUGGUCACUCACCGCUAUCAACACCAUUGCGAUCUGGUCCGUCUGGUUGUGCGCUGCCGUCAUGCUGUUCCUCCACGGCUACAUCGUCUGCAAAGUAACACACACAUCCACACACAAUGGUGAUGUGUGUGUGAUAGAAUCAUUUGUCUGAGUUGAGUGUACCUUCAUCGCCAUCGCCACCAUCCGCCGGGCCAGCGGAGGCCAUGUCGGUGUCGGGACGACCAGACAUCACUCACACACAGACAGAG